AUGGCUGUCAGCGAACGGAUAUCGCAGCUAAUGGGGGCCCUCGAUUCUGCCUCUGGGGUAGAUUCGUCGCGUGCGACCUCCCCCGGCGGCGACUGGCGCCAGACCAACGGCGAUGCAAAUGGCACGGACGAGGAGAAGCAGAACCGCAGCCGACCGCGGACGUUCCCAUACUUCGAAUAUCUUCCCUACAAGGCAGAGGAUCCGAGCGAACGUGUGGAAAACCUGGACACAUGUCUCAAGCAUCUGUACAUUGCCGUGUCGGCUGGCGAUUUUGCACCAGGCGCUGUGCAUUGGACGCGGGAGCUGCGAGGGUGGAUUCAGCUCAAAUUCGAGAUCCCACGAGACACGCGGAUAAAGAUGGUCAAUCUAUACUACGAGCUAGCAUUGGCUCCUGGGCUGGAUUACCUGGUUGCGGAGCGCUUUGCGAGCAUGUUCAUGACUCUGACAAAGCGGAAACACUACCUUCGCCCUGGCAAAGACCUGACGCUCGACUGGCGCCCGCUCUUCCGCGAACUGAAGACAUUCGUUCUCCCUUCCGAGUCGGGAGGCUCCUCGCCCCCGAGCAUCAAGCGAAACAUUCGGACAUUGACGAAGCUAUGCACGUUUGCUCAAUAUUACUUUGACCCGCAAGAGAUACCGGCUAUUCUGGAGGAGGUUCUUCCCUUCUUCAGCACAUCCUACUCUGAGGGGGCAUUCGUCGUCAUCGGUUUGCUCAACCUGCUGAUGCCCACGAGCAUACCAUCAGAGGAUAGGGAGGACCUACAGCCGCAAGAGUACCUACCUCUGUUUUUCCACCUGUGGUCACUGGUGAACCGGUCUAAACUGGCCGAUGCGCACUUCAUGGACGUCAUGUCACGAAUGGCACGGGAAUUGCUUCCCGCGAGCCAUGUUCCAUUCUCGCAGUAUGGCCUUUUCACCAGCGAGCAGUGCUCUCUGGUCUUUACGUCCAUUCUGCGUCUGCUCGAGAUCCCCGUUGGGCAAGCGACCUCUCCAUACAGCACCACUGUCGACCUGGGCGCUGGCCUCGCAGUCAUGCUUGACCGAGAUCAGCGCAAACAUCCCUCUACCCACCAUAUCGCGCGUAUUAUAGUGAUGUCUUUCUCUCCCGCUUGUAUGGAGCACGAGGAUUCCGUUUUCAGUAAGCUUGAGGGUCUCAUCCAGGCUAUUGAGACGUUUUACCACCCUUCGAACUCCGGCAAUUGGACGCGAUCGCUCGCGCAGCUCGUGUUCUACCUGACCGAUUUCUUCCUUCUGCGAUGGAAUAGGGAACACAAUGGAGAGAUGAAUGUCCCCGAAAAUCGCAAAUUGAACGAUGCGCUCAAGCGUCGGUUCGUGCUAUGCUUGCGAGAGGUCACUUUCAUGGGUAUCUUCUCAAAGAGCGAGCGAGCUGUGCUAUACUCACAGAGCGCUUUACAAGGCCUUGCGUACCUAGAACCGACUCUCAUAUUGCCAGGUGCAUUGCAGCGGAUUUACCCGGCCAUGCAAGGCUUGGUUGAGGUUCAUCGUACCAUUUCCUCCAUCAAGGCGUUGCAAAUGCUCUCUAAGAUCAUGGCACGCACGAAGGGCUACCGGUGCCACGUGACGACCUUACUGGGACUUGCCAUUCCGGGGAUUGACCCCAAUGAUCUGGACAAGACAGUGCAGACUCUCAGUUACAUCCAAGGCGUUUGUUACACAGUGCCGUUCCAUGAUCUUACACAAGAAAAGAAGGGCGCAAACGGCACAGCGUCAGCUUCGGGGACAGCGACACCGAUGGAAGGCGUCGAUGUGGGCACAGGGCUUGCUGUGGAGUGGAUCACUCAACAGGUGGAACGGUUAGAGAACGCCAAAGGUUUCGCCGAGAUCGAUUACGACCAGGAGCUCAGUGAUCACGAGGAACAAAUGAUCUUGCGGUCAUCGACCACAGGGCUUGCUGAGUUCUUAUUGUCCUUCCUUGGUCGGGUCUUCACCCUCUUGGAGAACCUGCCGGAUGCUGCAAGGGUACGCAGCGGCUCGCCAGAAGAGAACGUGGCAAAUUACCUGCCUGCAGCAUUUACGCCACUGCUUGCGGCGCUUUCCCCACAGCUAUUCGAUAUUGCUCUGGACAAGGUUGCCAACUUCAUUACCAACCAUGUUAUCCAUCAGGCUCGUGAUGCGAUAUCAUUCAUCUGCAACAGCUUUGUCAAGGUGAAUCCAGAGAAGUCGCUGAAGAGGCUGCUACCCCAUCUCUUUGCUGGUAUUCGCACGGAGAUUGAGGAUAAUGGAGCUGGUUCAACACGAACCACAGGCGCCGAAGUCCUUCCACGAGAUCGUGGACUUGUCUGGUAUCUCUGCAUCUUGGGCAUGUGCGUUGUCCAUGUGGGUGAUGCCGUCAUGGAGUGGAAAGAUGAGCUCUUCGAACUUGCAGAGUACAUGCAGAAGAACGUUCGGGGUGCUGCUACGAUCCAUGUUUCCAACUUCAUACAUCACCUUCUCCUCAACAUUACAUGCACUUACACCAACGAUUACUCCAUCUACGAAGAUGACGAGCUUGAGACAGGUCUCACAGCAAGCUCGUGGGGUCGUCAGGUAGAUGUAAAGCAAUUGAACAUCAAGUGGCACAAGCCUAGUGCUGAGGAGAUUGACUUCGCAGUCAAGUUGUUUGAGUCACAAGUCACUACCUCUAUCAAUACUCUGACUGCUUUGAUUUCUGCUGAGCCACCGGUCAAGCGAGAGGGUACGGGCAAGGACUGGUCGGAUGAGCUCUCUCGGAACAUCACCCUGCUGCGACUCGUUAUAUCUGGUAUCUCUGUACUGUUCGAUAUCCGGUACGACCAGCAUCAAGAAGCGGCCGAUGAAGACGAAGACGGCGAUGCCAUGGAGACUGAAGGCAUAGAGGACGAUGCUGGACUGGGCGAGGCAGAAGACGAGGACGUCAAGCCUACCUUCCAGUACGAGACAGGAUACCCUCUGAAACGUGGCGAUAAAAAUUACAAGCUUCUUCAUGACCUCCGUCAUAAAGUUGGCCUGACCCUACACGAAGUUCACUGCUUCCUGAACGAGAAACAGGAAGAUGACGUUAUCUGCUUCAAUCAAUUGUACAACGCAUAUCGGUCAUGGUUCAUCGACGUAGGAAUCGAACGGUCUGCCCACAUUCUGGAACGUGUGACCCGUCUUCUUGAAUCGGACGAAGUUGCGUUCAAAUUCCAAGGCUUGAGGAAAGAAUAUCCGCGACCUCUACUUGUCAGACGCGCAUAUGUCUACCACCUCCAGCGUUUACGCCACAAUGCGAGCACUCGGCCGAAGACAGAACUCGACAAGACACUUCUGUUGGAUCUUGCGCAAUCGAGUAUCUCCCUGUAUACUGAUAUUCGCCGCACCGCGCAGACCGCUAGUGAGUCGGCCAUCAAAUGCGUGUUGGGCGCCAAACCGCUCAUUGUACCGCCGCUUCUUGAUGCUCUGGUAAAGGCUGUCGGCGAAAACGAUUAUCCUCGUAUCAAGGGUGCAAUGUUCACACUUCUCUUCGGCAGCUUAGCGAAGACGAUCAGCCGCGAUUGGCGGUUCACGCCCACGCUCAUCAAAGCCUUCAUCGAAGUUACCGGUGCCGACAAGCCCUCCGUUCAGAAGCUCGCAGCAAACGCGACCUUCCAAGUCAUGGAUAUGGGCAAAGCAAUGGAGCGAAUGGUGAUUCUCGACAAAGCGGUCGUCGAAGCAAUUGCUUUUGUCAUAGACCCUAGUGAAGACGAUAUUGUACAACAAAAGGUCGUGAAGCGGCGAAACUUCAUCAAGCAAAAGCGAGCACGUAUCGAAGGCAAGAAGGCGAGCCUUUCCAAGGAGCUGAUUGAUAUGACGAAGACAUCCCACUGGAAGAAAGUCAGCAGAACGGCGGCCAUCAUCGUGAAUCUCACUAUGCGCUUUGACACCAUUGCGUCCGACGAGAUGAUCACGCUUGUAGCUAAGGGCGCAAUUGACCAGCAUCCCAGCCUUCGUGGCUUGUAUGCUGGUGCGUUGGUAGGUUUGUUCGGCGUUAUCCAGACCCGUGCCCUUGCCGAUCACAGCUACGAGAAAUAUCUCCUUAUGGAAGAGGAGGUGCCCGAUAAGAUCUCAGUACCUACGAAAGCGGAUGAUCCUAAUUGGACGGAAGAGCAUCUGAGCAUAUUCACCAAGGCAGAAGCCAAAUACUACGUUGACGCCGAUUAUCCAGGUUGGUUGGUGUGGACAAAGACUAUGCCAGCGUUCUUACCCAACCCUCCGGAAAUGGCGUAUGACGAGGUGGAAACACAUGUUCGCAAGAAGCUUGCAGUCAUUCUUGAUCGCUCGUGGUUUUCGAACUACUUCGCUUUUAUGAAGCAGGAACCGCGCGAUUCUGGCGCUGAUCGCUUCCGCAUGUCGAGCGCUAUGCUGCUAACGCACGCUUUCGACCUUGUGUUUGCGGGCCUGACCACUACUACCUUCGAAGAUAUCAAGGACCUCACCCAAGCAGUGUAUGGCGACGGAAGCGACAAGCACCAGCACCGCGCCACAUCUGAGAUUAUGGGCGCUUUGCUCACUUGUGCACCUGACCUCCAGCCUGAGCAACGGCAGGAAACCUGGGAGUAUGUUUUCCCUAUCAUUCGUGGCAUCUUUCAAGACGGCUUGAAUCCGGACAACUCAGGUUACUGGACCACCUUUUUACACGUUGUACUUCAGGCAAAGGACCCUAGGCGAGGAUGGCCUCUUGUCGACUGGCUGUCAAGUUUCCGCCUGGACAUGGACUCAAAUGCAGCAUUUAAGGAGAGCUCUAAGAUCUAUCUGCUACAACAGUGUAUCGCUGACGCUGGUUGGCACUUCCGCCUAGAAAAGCCGAUCUUGGAGAACUUCAUGCAGCAUCUUGAUCAUCCUUACAAGGGUGUACGUGAAGCUAUGGGCCAAACCAUCGCCGCCAUUUAUCGAACACGGUAUCACGAAUCGUACAAGAACGUUGCCGCACUCAUCAAGGCGCAGAAGGAAGCCUCGUCAAUCGGUGUUCGGCCAUAUGAGCCAACAGCUGAAUUCUCCAAGAUGAUCACAGAAGUCUUCGAGCGCCUAGAAGUAUGGCGAGGCGAGCGUCCCGCAGGUCAACAAACGCCCUCACCCUAUACAAACGGAGGCAAGACAGUCCUCCUCUGGCUAGACUCCACUCUCUCCUCCUACGAGUGCACACAGCUCAUCCAGUUCUUCCCUAACGUCUUCACCGAGCAGUUGCUCCAUAUGAUGGACAUUAAGGAAGACCCCGAGCUCCAAUCUCUCGCCUACCACGUCUUCCGCCACCUGCCCAAUAUCCCGCACCGCCAGGGCGAGGACGCAGAAUUUAUUGCGUCGCUUAUCCGCAUUGGCCGCACAGCAUCGAGCUGGCACCAGCGCCUCCGCAUCCUGAUCAACAUACAGGUCAUUUACUUCCGCCGCCUCUUCUUGAUGAGCGAGCAGCAACAACUCGACAUGUACGACUGCGUCUCCGCUAUGCUGCAAGAUACGCAGCUCGAAGUGCGCAUGGGGGCCGCUACCACGCUCUCUGGUAUGGUCCGUUGCUCGCCUGUUGCGCUGCGUGACCGCAUGGUUGUGAAACUCAAAGAGCGAUUCAGCACCACCUUGACCAAGAAUCCGCUACCGAAGCGUAAGCUGCCGGGUACCCCGACACCCGAGCAGAGCAAGUUGGUCCUCACUAGGCAUGCGGCUGUGCUGGGGCUGGGCGCGCUCAUCCAGGCAUUCCCGUACACAAGUCCGCCGCCGGCGUGGUACACCGAUGUGCUUGCCAGUCUGGCGAGGAAGGCGGCAGCGGAUCCGGGUAUGGUGGGCAAGAGUGUGAAGAGCAUUCUGGCUGAUUUCAAGAAGACAAGGCAAGAUACUUGGCAUGUGGACGUCAAGGCUUUCGAACAGGAACAGCUAGAGGACUUGGAGGGCGUGUUGUGGAAGAGCUACUUCGCGUAG